ACUAAUCAUCAAAUAUUCUAAACUGUUUGAAGGAGUAAGAUGUAUUUGAAAAAUAUCAUAAUAUUGUUUUUCUGCGUUGCGGUGCACUUUUUCCAAUGCCAUGGUGGUAAACCUACUCCAGAAGAACUUGAAAUGAUAAGGAGCGCAUUCGUACAAUAUACAAAUCAUGAAUAUCGACAAGUAGACGUUAGAGUUCUAAAAGAAAUCUUCGACGACGUAGCAGAAAAAUCGGGCACGACCAAAAAUUCUCCAAGUCUUCAAUUCUUGAGAUCGCAAUUUCAUGACGAUAAAUUAACAUUGGCUGCAGUUAACUGGACCGUCAAAGAAUUUUUAGGUCCCAAUAAUCCGACAAUAACGGAUCUGGUAAGAAACGCAUUCGAACACCAUACAAAUCAUCCGAAUAUCGUAGACGUUAAAGGUUUAAAACAAAUAAUCGACGACAUAGCAAGGCAAUCAGGCACAUCCAGGAAACCCCUCAGUCUUCAACAAUUGAUAAUUCAAUAUAAAGGUGAUAGUAUAUUUACAAUCGACGAAGUUGAACUCAUCGUCCAAAAAUAUUUACUUUCCCAAGAUCCGAAAAUAAUGGAAAUGAUUAGCAACAUUAUAAAGAAAUAUAAAAGGACAACUAGCUUAGACUGUAAAAGUGUAAAAGAGAUAGUUAAAGAAGUAGCAGAGAAAACGGGAGUGUUCAGAUGCAUACCAACCUAUCUUGAUGAACUACAAACGGAGGCACCAAAGUGCAAGUUUACUGUGGAGGAAGUUGAAACCAUCGUCAAUGAUUAUUUAUUUUGAUUUAAGUGUUUGUCUAUUAUAGUA